ACUCCUUACUCCGCGCUCAUCAACAUGGUCGUGACCGUGAUGCUGCUCCUUAUGCAUAUAAUGAAUGAUUUUAUAAGUUUAUUUAUCAUUUAAGCAGAUAAAAUAAUCUCAUACUUGAUGUUAAAUUUUUUGUCCAGUUAAAGAAGAGAAGGUUGAAGUCAAAGGCCCGGCUAUCACCGCUUCUUGGCCGUCUUGGCUUCAUUCAUAUCAUUCAUAUUAUCGAGUUUCUCACUUACAUAGGUGGUAACACGGAUAUAUACUUCCAGUGGUUGGAUGCGACAUAAUGGACUUGCAUCUACCAGCAGCAGCAAGCGUGACUCAGCGGCCGUCGCAAUUACUAUCAUCACAGCAGCAGAAACCCCUCAGCUGUACAAAUUGCCGGGCCCGGAAGCUCAAAUGCAGCCGUGAAUACCCGUGCCAUCAUUGUGUGCGCUCCGGCGCCGAGUGCGUCAUCCCCGCCCGUAAGCGCACCCGCAAGCCCCGGAAGAGCAAGAACUCGGACCUGCUCCAGCGUCUCACCCGUCUCGAGUCUAUCGUGGGGAAAGUCGGUAUCCCCGACCCGACUGCCGGAUCAGAUGUGGAAAUGGGCGAGUCCUCGACUGCUGCUGCUGCUGCUGCUGCUGCCGCUUUGAACUCGUUGGCGGCGGAAUUCCAGGAGCUCUCGGGCGGAAGCCAUCGUGCUCGCCGUGCUGUUGGUGACUCGGCAGGACUUGCGGCGGUGGUGGGUGGCGAAGCGCAGCAGGAGGGACGAAACGUACCGCUCCCGCAUAGCAGCAAAGCAACGCAGUAUCUCAGUUCGGAGUUCUGGGGCAGCCUCUGCUCAGAGGUGGAAGGGCUAAGGCAAGCGUUGGAGCAGUCGACGGACUCGGACGAUGAUGACGAGCAGCAAAACACGCCGGACUCGAUCGCGAUGGACAACAGCGUCAGCCCCAGCACCGUUGCCUCCGCCCUCUCCCCGGGAAUGCUCCUGGGCAACGCAUCCCGCAUCGCCCACGACGCCAUCGAGCACCCGCCCCCCGACCACAUCCGCUUCCUCACCUCGGUCUACUUCACCAACGUCGACAUGAUCCUCAAGAUCCUCCACCGCCCCACCAUCGAACCCGCCCUGCUCGCCCUCGCCGACACCCCACCAUCAUCAUCAUCAUCAUCAGACUCCGCGCGCCUGCCCCCGGACAGAGAAGCCCUUUUCUUCUCCAUCUACCACGCCGCCAUCGCCAGCCUCUCCCCCAAAGUCUGCCUCGCGCGCCUCGGCCGCCGGCGCUCGGAGCUCGCCCACGCGUACGCGUCCGCCCUCGAGCGCGCCCUCGUCCGCGCCGACUACCUCAGCGCCACGUCCCUCGAGGCCCUGCAGGCGCUGUCGCUGUACGCGGCGUGCCUGCGCAGCACGGCGGGCUCGCGCGCGUCCUGGGCGCUGCUGAGCCUGCCGGUCCGCCUCGCGCACGCCAUGCGGCUGCACCGCGAGUCCGCCAACGCCGGCCUCCCCGCCUACGCCGCCGAGCUGCGCCGCCGCCUGUGGUGGCAGCUCAUCGUGCUCGACAUCCGCGCGUCCGAGGACAGGGGCACCACCGCCAUCAUCGCGCGCGACAGCUACGACACAAAGCUCCCCCUGAACAUCGACGAUGCGGAUUUCGGGCCAGAGUCGAGCGGCCCGUUAAAGGAGAAGAGGGGCCCGUCGGACGCGACGUUUAGCCUGUGCACGGCGCAGAGCUCGGGAAUCUUCUUGCUGGCCGAGCAUGCGCAGGGGGGAGGAGAGGGCGAGGGAGAGGGGGAGGUGGCGCUGGCGCCGCCGCAGAGCGUGGACGAGACGGUGCAGCACGCACGGCGGCUCGAGGCGCAGUUUGUGGCGGGCGCGGACCCAGACCACGCGCCGUCGUACCUGGCGUCCACGACCGUGCGGCUGAUCAUACUGAAGCUGUGGCUGUACGUGCAGUAUCCGUUGCACGCGCGGCAGCGGCCACCACCACUCUCGUCGUCUUCACCAUCAGCAUCCUUACCUGCCUCUCAACAGCAGCAAUCAAAAGCGGGGACGGUAGCAGAAGCCGCACCCCUCACUUCCCCCCCCACCUUAAACAAUAACAACAGCGCCCCCAUAUUCCCCCGCGCAGCAACCCUCCGCACAGCCGUCUCCAUCAUGGAACUAACCGAGUACCUGCACACCGGCCCCUUCGGCGACCGCUUCACGUGGUGGGCCGCGACCUACGUGCAGUGGCACCCGCUGGCUGUUGCGCUCGCCGAGCUAUGCACGUACACCACCCCUUCCACCACCACCACCAAGGACGAGGAAGACCUAGUGGACCGCGCCUGGCGCAUCAUCGACGACGUGUUCCCGCGCUGGAGCGAGGUGAUCGCCGACACGAAGAGCGGGACCCUGUGGCGGCCCAUUAGGAAGCUGUACAAGAAGGCCAAGGCUGCCAGGAGGGGUGCUAUUAAUACUUCUACGAACACUUAUGCUACUACUUCUGCUACGAAAAUGAACACGAGCACGGACACUACUGCCGCCAUGCCCGGUGAUUUGAUGGACGUUGCAGGGUCAGUAGCUGGCGACACAAUACACGUACGAACUGACUACGGUGGGCCUUCAAAUGGAGGCAGCAAUACUACGAUAGAACCGAUACCAGCAGGAGGUGUUUAUGAGAUGGAAGUAGAGGAGACGAGAGAGCCCAGUGUGCCGCCAAACCAAGACAAAGCAGCCAUGUCGCCGUACUCUCUAGACGAGUCGAUGAUGUGGGGGUGGAGGAAUUUUAGCAUGCCUCUGGACCUCUGCGGUCCGAGCAUGAUGGGGGAUUGGGGUGCUUGGGACGACUUUGUUAAUGAUACCCAAGCUGGUGCUGAGGGGCAGUCAAAAUCUGCAUCUAGCGAGAUGAGCCUUUGAUGGAUAGGUUAGAACUGUAUCACCUAGUACGCAGCAUUACAAAGUAGUUCACGACUCGCAACUCAGGCAAAAUGAAUUAAAAAAGAAUCAUCGUUUGGUCAUCUGUUAUAUGCAUUUGCUGCUCUAUCUGUCGAGAGCACACAUGCUAAUCAAGUUUUCCGCAAUUCCGUAAUGAACACCGGCAGACCGAUUCCCAAACCCCUCCCAACUACGACACGAAAAACCCUUAUGCGAAAGUGGAAGGUCGGGUGGCGCUGAACACCUUCUUGUUGCUGAUACGGGGGACACG